GCUCCCUCCGUCCUCACUGCGCGUGUUGGAGUUGAAUCCUAUCCAAUGGCAUCGCUCACCAUGAUGGCUUCCAUGCUCGGCGGCGCCGCCACCGUCGCCGGCCGCCCCUCCCUCAACUCCGGACGCCGGAGCCUGAUCGUGGCCAAGGCAGCGGCUUCAAAAGAUCACGAUCACGCAGCUAGUUCCAAGCCCGACGACCGCGACGACGAGAACGCCGGCGGGCGGAGGGCGGUCAUGUUUGCCGCAGCGGCAGCCGCGGCGUGCGCCGUCGGGCAGGGAAUCGCUAUGGCGCUGGACGAACCGAAGCGGGGAACGCCGGAGGCGAAGAAAAAGUACGGGCCGGUGUGCGUGACGAUGCCGACGGCCAAGAUCUGCCACAAGUGAAGGGGCGACCGACGGCGACGUAGCUAAUGCUAAAUGGGAUGGGCCUGGCGUUUAGGAUCCAUUGGGCUUUAUUUGGCGGCUGGUGCAUCGAUGUAAUCAUGUGAUUAAAGUACCACUUAACGUGUCUUCAUUUUCGCCUUAAUCGAAAUCAAAUUAUGAAUCUAUAAUUUAUAGUUGA